ACAUCAAAAACAGCAAACAUGCAAUAAUAAAAAAAGAUAAAUUACACACAUGUACACGCCCGUAUGCGGAGCUCGGUCGACAGGUCGACACAUUAAGAUAAAUUUUCCCCAUAACACCAUAGCCAAUCAGCUUCGCUAAACCUCUUCUCUUGCUUUUCUUGUCCAGGCUUUCCUUUUUUGUCCAGUUCCCCAUGGCUCGUACAUGAGCCGCCAUCUGUGAAGGCAUCAGGAGCACUACCAUCGGGUUGAGACCGAGGUUCAAUGACCCCGGGGUGACCAGCUGUUUCCCCCUCGCAACGCGCUCGCGCCAACACGAGCGUCACCUCUGUUUACUAGUCAGGUUUCGGAGCAUUAGGUUUCAAACCUAUGCAUUUCGCAGCAACGUAAAUUUGCGCGAUGCCCAAAGUCCACUGGACAACGACUGAUCAUCGUCUGCAAGAAUUAUCUUCGUGACUAUAGUGUACCCCGUCUGGUGCCGUUCGUGCUUGAUCUCGUUCGCAGUGAACACGAGGAGCUGGUUGCCGGGAAACUAACCUCCUCGAGAUUUAUUUCCGGCCUGCCGCCACAUGAAUCGCACACCGUUGGCGAUGAAGGGUGCCCUCUCCGAUUAGCCCGCGAUAUUCACCCCCGACUCGGCAGCUCCCCGAAUUCGCACACGGUGACGCGAGAUAGUUCAGAUGGAUAAUGAGUGAGUCCGAUGACACGGACGUGCUGCUGCUGAUUCCACCCGAUAUAUUCCGCGUUCCGUCUUCCACCGAUUCAGACAACAGCUCAACUGACCCCACUGGAGGCGGAUCUCUCCGCCGUCAUCGGACCAGCGUCAUCUCGGAGCUGGUCGGGCACAUGCAAUCGCUUGAUUCCCGCAUCUCCGCGAUCGAGUCCAGAGACAACAGCCUGGACGUGUCCGUGCUGAACAACUCGCUGGACUCGCAGCAGCCGACGCUCUACGGUGGCUCCGGCUGCCAACUUCAUCAGACCCGGCAGACCCUGCCGCAAGCCAGUACUAGGUUCACCGUAAGUCAAGGUGCUAGCCUGCACGGCGGCUCCCCCGUGAAACUGCGCAAUUGUCUGUCCGUUCCCUUCACUCCCAGUGGGUGCUCGUCGCAGAAGCACGCUAACUGCUCUAGGGAUGACGCGAGAUUCCGCCCUGCGACUGCCAUCACUUCCAGCCCGACUAACACUAACAACCCCGCCUGGGUCGCCAAGCGUGACGCUCUAACGUCGUACUCCGACUCCUUCAUGGUACCUUCCGCUUCCUGCGGUACUGGGUUCUCGCAUGCUACCACUGUGUCCACCACGCAAGACUCCCGCUCGCCUCUGCGCGCGAACGAUCACACGAGUACAAGUAACUUGUAUUAUAGGCCACAUAGUCUUCUGCGCUCAUCGGUACCUGUGACAGAUUUGUCCGGUGAGUCGACAGCAGGUCAGCAGCCGGUCCGCUCGAAGAUAGUGCAGGAGAUGGAGCUGUCCGAGGUCGACGAGCUGCUGCAGGAGAUGGAGGCCACCGAGCUGGAGCUGUCGAAGAGGAUAAGCAGCGCUGGAGGGUGUCUUUAUCGUAACGAGUCGCUCCAGACUCAAUCCGUCGACACCACGAGCAAUCAGGAGACACCAGGAGCAAUCAGGACGCAACACAAGUCUGAAAAUACAGGUCGAGACAAUCAACGCUCCACGUUCAGCAGUCGCAAGCUGGAUUUCCAGUCGUGCACCUCCCAACUCACCGACGCUGCGUUCUCCCAGAAGCGAACGAACGACGUGACAUCAUUUCCUGAUGUAUCGUUGGCGUACAGCGAUUCGUUUCACUUGAAUGAGACGGACAAGAUGAUCUCCGAGUUCCGAACGUGGGAGCAGAGCGUGCCGUCCGCUGCAAAGUCGAACGGACACACGACGGAGAGUAUAAGCAGCAUAAGAAACGUAGAUUUUCACUUGUCUAAAGUACCAACUACAACUACAGCUGGCGACAUUAGAACGAAGGAGACGGUGCCAGAUCAUCAGGGUGUUUCCUUCGAUGACGUAAGCACGAACGGCGUGCGCGUUCAAUCGUCUUCACUUCUCGCUGGAAGGGCGGAUCCUGUAUCGCGUGUUAAGGAAGUUCAAUUUUCCAGCACAGUAACGCCGGUGACAGGCACGCAGGAACCUCUGGAUCUCUGCAAAACGUCGCUCUCGCAACACAACGGGAACUCGCGCGAUGACCGAGAGAGAUCGAAGUUCGGUAAAAGCAUUGCUCACGUGGGAACGAACACGGAUCCUCAAUCAAGGAGGUAUCAGCGACUCUUGUCGCUCUCCGAUUUCUGGGACGUCAAUCCGACUAGAUCGCAAGAGGAAACGUUCAGGAUCAAGCUGGAGGAGGAGAAAUUUCGCAGAGAGCAUUGCGAGCAUCUGAUUCAAGAGCUCCAGAAACGGUUGCUGGAACAGCAGGAGAAGGUGGCGGUCGCGGUCAGGGUUGACAACGAGAAGAACGCCUUGAUGUCGCAAUUCCAUGUGUCCUGGUCCAAGUUGAAGCAGCAAGUCGAGAUGCUGGAGACCGAGCAUAGAAACGCGCAGACCAAUCUGCAAAGCAUCACGGAGAAACAUCAGUCGGAGAUCGCGGAGCAGCAGGCUCAGAUCAAACGCCUCGAGGGUGAAUUAUCGAAAGCUUUGGACCUGGCGGCCGGCUACAAGGAAAAGAGUGACACCACGAUGAAGGAAAAGCUCGAUCUGUUGAAAAGCCACGCGGACGAAUUGGAGAGUUACAAGUCGAUGAUGCAAGAAGCGGAGAACAGCUACGAACAAAUGAAGAUGGAAUUCAACAAGCUGUUGGAGAAGAAUCAGCAAACCGAGGAGACGCUGAAGACCGUUCAAUCGGAAUUGAGCAAGGAGCGUUCGAGGAGUGGUGAGGUGCGAAACGAGAUGGGUGUCAUUCAUAAAGCACUGGACGCCUGCGAAGCCGAGCUGACGGUUCUCAGACAGGAAAAAGAGAAUCUGCAACUUAAGCUGAAGGAAGAGAUGAACAGAAACUCUAUUUUACAACAAAAGAAUUCAUCGUUGCUUGCAACCAUUGAGGACGCUAAGAAAGCAGAAAAAUUGGCUAAAGACGAGACCAAAUCGAUUGUCGAGCAGAAGGAGAAGAUCAGAGCGGAACUGCAGGAGGUUUAUCAGAAACAAGUCGACGAAGUGGUGAAAACGAAGCUGCAGGAGUUUCAGACGCAGCUUGAUACCGCGCAGUCGGAAUUUCUGGAGGAACUGAAAACGGCAGAAUUGAAACAGCAGAUCAUAGCCGAAUCCGCCGCCAGGAAGAUAAAGGACGUCAUCGACAAACACCGUUUGGAGAUAAACUUGCUGGAGGAGAAGCACAGGGAGGAGAAACGGUUGUGUGAGCUGCAAUUGGCUCAGGCUUUACAGAGAUCGUCCAUGCUGGAGACGCGCUUGAAUAUGCAGCGUGCGACAAAAUUCCAACUCGCGGAGCUGCAUUCUGUUAUGCAGAAACAAUGGCAGCAAGCUUUGCACAUUAUAUCGAGUGAUAACACGGAUAAUUUAUCCCCCGUCUACACGGACAAAUAUUGCGAGCCGAAAGGUCCGAGGAAGUCCGAGUCGAUGCCAAAUUGUCACACUAAAUUAUCUCAGGAACCGAUGAGACGUGCGACUCUGUCGUUAGACGAGCAUCCGGUCAGCAUGCAUUCGCUCGACGAUCAGAACGAUAGCGCGAUCACGAUGAAGUCCAACGAGAACGCGCCGCUAAUUGGCAGGACCGAAACGAAGGACGAUCUUCGAAAGUACGUGAAGAUGAUCGCGGAAAUGCAGCUAGCAAGAGAGGAUAACGCCAAGACUAGAAGCAGCAUCUCCAGUCCACCGUUGGGCUGCAGGGAGGUGCCGCGGAAACACUACCUGAAAAAGGAAUUAAGCAUAAUGAGCGAGGAUAGCGUCACGUGGCAAGCUUCCGAGACUUCGGCACAUGACGUCAGCGAGUACAUACCUGUCUCGCAAAAGGUGUUUGUGAAAACGGAUCAGUCGAGGAGCAGCAAACCUCCAUGGAAAUGACGUACGGCUUGCGUCGAUGAUGAUACCGAGGGCGUGGACGAGCUCGAUUGCGUCAGCUCGAUACAGUGUACUUAAUUAGCAGUAAUAUUUUGUAUACGACAGAAACAAAUGUUUAUAUUUUUCAGCAUAAAGAGAAUUUAAUAAAAUAAUUUUUC